AUGAAUAGAUCUCGUAGAUAGGAAUUACUAUAGUUAGUAAAUAAGAAACGUAGUUUUCUUUCUCCUUCUAUUGGCAAAUCAACUAACAAUAAACCUUUUAGAAGAUAGAGUUGCAGAUGUUCUGAAUGUGGAGGAGUUGGACCUUUUUAAGAAAGAUAAAAUGCUCAACAUCCUUAAACUUAUAUAAGAGCUCAUCAUUGUAAGAAAAGGAAACGGAGAAUUUAAAGGAAAAAAGGUACUUACCUUACUUCUACAAGUUUAAAUGUUGGAUAAUCAGAAAACAACACAAUCAUACUUUAGAAUAUACCUAAGUUAAGAAAGGCUAAGACAAUUUCUAUAACAAAAGAAUUACAGCAAACAAUGAGAAAAGGCAAGAGACUAUUAACAAAGGAUGAUCAGCAAAUAAAAUAUGAGUUUUUCUAUAAUAAUGAGCUUAAGUUAUCUAAAGGCUUUUUAGAAAAUUCAUUGAAUUCAUAAACUUAUGAAAAUGCCUUGAUAUCAUUUAUCAAUUUCACAAAAUCUCCAAGUUUCUUGCUUAAUAGUUAUAAUAACCUAAUUAAUGAAUCCAAAACAAGUUCAGAUGAAGAAUAAACUUAAAAACUCUUAUAAGAUAAGUAAUUAUAAUUGACAACUCCUAAAAUAAAAACAAAAAAUAAUUCUAUGCAUAAUAGAAAGAUUACUGAUGGAAGGAUGCAUCCAAAUAUAAAUAAAACAGUUCAGUAAUUUGUUUAAUCUUGUACUACAAUAAGAAUAAUGAAUUCUCCAAAAUAAUCUAAACAACUUAAAUUGCCAUCUUUAAAUUCUAAAAGAGAGUAAAAUAAAUAUUCUGUUUAUUUAUUGAGUUCUCCUAGAAAGGCAAUGAUGGAAUUGAAAAGCUAAAUUAUUUCUUAAAAAAAAAUCAAAGUCUUUAAAAAAUGA